AUGAAGCUGGCCGUCUUGACGUUCUUGAUCACUGCCAUCACGGCUGCUAAAGUGCCUGGCUAUCGCUUUGUUGGUAGAGUCAACCCAGCGACCAAGCAGCUCACAUGGCCGAGUACCGGCGUUGCUUUUACUUUCACGGGAACUGAAGCAACUAUCAAGAUCAAUGCGGUCACUGGAACUUCAAGCGCAGACCUGAUCAUUGAUGGUAAAGACCCAAUUGUCAUUGCCAACGUGAACGGCACUUCGAUAUCGGUCCCCAAAUUGCCAAAGGGAACUCAUACUGUUGAGCUCCGCAAGCGAUCAGAGACGUCGUUUGGUACUUUCAGUAUUGCAGGUGUUUCUACUGAUGGCAAACUGCUUGAUACUGCGCCGCCAAAGCGUAGAAUUGAAAUUGUUGGAGACUCCAUCUCUGUGGGCUACGGCCUCGAUGGUGUUCUUCCCUGCGUGGAUACCGCUGCUCUUCAAAACAACGGCAAGACGUACGGUGCGGUAGCAGCCCGGUCUUUGAACGCAGAUUAUAGCGUUGUAGCUUGGAGUGGAAAGGGUCUCAUCCGCAACUACGCCUCGUCUCCUCCUGAUACAUCACCACCGAUGCCCACUCUAUACACGCGCUACGGUGGCAAUGAUAAGGACAAUAGUUUCCCGUUCCCCAAGUCAUGGGUCCCUGAUGCUGUUGUCAUCAAUCUCGGCACCAACGACUUCAGUUAUCUCAAUGUUCGGGACCCAGUGAACCCAGCAGAUCUCACCAAAGCUCUUACCAAAUUGGUCAAGAGCAUCCAGUCACACUACCCAAAGGCUCAGUUCUUCUUCGUGUCUUCACCAUUGUUAAAUGACAACUACCCUACGGCAGCGGAUGCGCAAAAGAGCACCCAUGUUCGUGUACUCAAGGAUGCGAUGAAACAGUUGAGCGGUGUCAAGACUCAUUUCGUGGACUGGCCUACUCAAGGUGCGGAAGUAGGCUGUGACUACCACCCCAAUGCUGCUACUCAGGCACAGGGCGGUAAGCUGCUCGCCGCUUCUAUCAAGGCAGCUUUGAAUUGGUGA